GUUCGGCAGAUGCUGGUUGUUUUUCUCUGAUCUCUAGAUGGUCAAUUGCAGCAAUUCACUAUAGUUUUGGACUUGAUUUGAUGUGGAGAUCGAUCGUUCUGCCCUGAAGUGCAUAAAUUAUGCGUCACUCCAGCUCAGCUCAUAACAGGGAAAGGAAGACAGGACAGGAGUUGUUCAUCAGUUUGUCCUGAAGCGUAACGUUAUUGAUCUGUCCAUGGCGCAUUUUCUGACUGAAGAGGUGUACUCCAUGACUUCAUCCACAAUUUUGGAAGAACAUUGCAAGAGCUGCUCGUAUAAGAAACGAGCACAUCAUGUCUUCAGCCAAAGAGCGAGAUCCAAAGACGAUUAGACCUAAAUUUGACUUUUUGAAUGCACAUUCAGUUAGACAUCCCUAUAGCUGCCCAGCAUUUUCACACCAUUAAUUCUCACAACAGAUAACAAGCAUUAAUAGAUGCAGUGAUGCAGACUGUACACAUUACUGAAUAGCGUGUAAGGGGUUUGAAUGAGUGAAGAAGAAAAAACCCCAUUGUUUGCAGUGGAAGGGCAGACAGGCAGACGCCCUGAACCAAGACGACCCGCUCCUGGACGGGACGGUGAAGGACUGCCAACCAUGGGCGCAGCAAUGGGACCAUUACUGCUUUGGCUUCAGGACGUGGCUGCGGUGACCCUGCUAAGAGCUCGCAGGACGCUUUUAAGAGCCGCCAUCCUGUUGUGUGUCCUUGUGCUUCUCCUCUGGGUUUCCAUCUUCUUAUAUGGGAGCUUUUAUUACUCCUACAUGCCCAGCGUCAGCUUCUCCACACCGGUGCACUACUAUUACAGGACAGAUUGCGAGGCUUCGGAUGCAGUCCUCUGUUCUUUCCCGAUGGCUAAUGUUUCGCUUUUGAAGAAUGGAAGAGACCAGGUGAUGAUGUCUGGUCAGGCGUACAGGAUCUCUCUGGAACUGGAAAUGCCUGAAUCUCCUGUUAACGAACAGCUCGGCAUGUUCAUGGUCAAAAUGUCUUGCUAUUCCAGUGAUGGGACAAUUGUUCACUCGGUGGCCCGCUCAACGAUGCUGCACUACCGCUCUAAUCUCCUGCAGACCCUAAGCACACUGCUGUUCUCUCCGCUCCUGCUGUCCGGCGUGUCUGAGCAGAAACAGCUUGUCGAGGUCGAGCUCUUCCCAGAUCUCAAACUAGACAUUUAUCAUCCUGCUGUUGGGGCUGUGAUCGAGAUUCAGUCUCGCAGGGUUCAGAUUUAUUCUGCACAGCUGAGGAUUCAUGCCUACUUUACUGGAGUUAGAUUCCUCCUGUAUAACUUCCCGGUGAUGUCUGCGAUCGUUGGAGUGGCGAGUAACUUCACCUUCCUCAGUGUGAUUGUGCUCUUCAGUUACCUGCAGUUCAUCUGGGGAGGCCUCUAUCCACCCGAGCAGGUCCGAGUGAAGGUGAUGAUGGGAGACUCUACGCGUCUUCAGCAGAGACGAGAAGAAGCACGUAAACGCAUGCAUUCGUCUGCCAGCACUCCUAUUAUGACGUAUGGAAGAGAUGGCAGUGAACUACUCUCAGAUCCGCUUCAGCUGCCCAAACAAACUGUUCGAAACAAAGGUGAUUUGGACACUCCUAGCGUGAUUGGGACAGAAGACUUGAAUAACCAACAAGAGGAUGAAGCUGCUCAGGACUCCUCUACAGACGACGCUCCUGUUUUCCUGGAUGCUCCUCGUGGUGCAGAGAGCAGUUUGACUGAGGAGGAUUCAGAUGAUAAGCAGAGGAUGGCAGGAGAGAGGAAUGACACUCAAGAAGAAGAAACAACCCAGCCCCAGUCAUCAGACACCAGCCUUAGGCAAAGGCCUGGACCCUGGAUGAGGCUCUGAGCUCUGAUCCAGCCACAUGCCGCCUGUUACACUCACUCACAGCUCACACCUUUGACACAUUCCUUUUGCAAGGCAAUGAGAAUUACAAUAAGAAUAUUUCUGAUGCAUUUGGAAACCAGUUUACCUCAUCGAGCUGAUCGAGAGCAUUUCCUGUUUUGCUGCUUUUGUUUUUUUUAGUUGAAUACUUCCUACAGGUCUAAUCUUUACAGGCCUGCCAUGCUUUAAUGUGCCAUUACUGAGCACUGUGGUUCUGUUACAAUAUGAGCUCUGCAUGUGAAGUGUAACCACAUUAUUAGCGUUAACAUUUUAUUCAUAAUUCUCAGCACUCCUCUUUAUUGCGAAGCUUAGCAUAAAAGUUUAACAUAUCUAAGCAGUUCUUGGGAAUGGUAAAUAGUUUAUUUCACUUCAUUUUAAGUUAUUUUUAAUGUUGGAAAUGUUGAAGACAUUAUUUUAAGAGGAUUGUUACUUAUUUUAUGAAAAAUAAGUAGAGGACUCUGAUAUAUAAUUUAUUAGGGAAUAACAAU